AUGGCUAGAACUAGAGGUUUAAGGCGUGCCUUAGGCACAGUUAUACGAAGAGCCCUAGGGAGAGGGGAUAAUCAUGAUUCAGAUGAUGUUCCCCAGCGGCGAAGGCCCACAACAUCCGCACGUAGGCAACGGGAAGUUGUCACUGUUGCUGAAGAUGCUCCUCACGUGGAUGACACAGCUGAAAAGCUAUUCCAACAUGGUGAAGAAGUUGUUGAUGAUGCCGAGGGUUUUCUAGGUGGGCCUCAUGACACAUUAAUGCUGACUGCCUAUGUUGAUCAUGUUGUAGUCGUUAUUUGGAAUGGAGAGCUAUCCUCCCAUGGAAGGAAGGUUCAGAAAUUUGGGAGGCCUGCUACUGAGAUUGAAGGGUUGGUUGUUGUCACAAGAUUAAGUCCUUUGAUCGCAUGUUCAUUGGACACUGGCGAUCGGGGACUUAUAUCCGCAUUUGUCGAGAGGUGGCAUAAGGAAACGAGCAAUUUCCAUCUUCCAGUAGGAGAGGUCACCAUCACCCUCGAUGAUGUGGCCUCUUUGCUCCAUUUGCCCAUCAUAGGAGCAUUCCACAGCUUCGACACUCGUCAUGUUGACGAAGUGGUGUUGAUGUUAAUGGAGUUACUUGAAGUUACUGGAGAUGAAGCUAGAGCUGAGACACUGCAGUGUCAUAGGGCAUACGUAUGCCUAUCAUGGCUACGAGAGAUUUAUCAUAGUAAAUGUGAGACCGGACACUGGACUGCAGCAGGUAGAGCGUAUUUGCUGCACUUGUUAGGUUGCACUAUUUUUGCUAAUAAGAGUGCAACACAUGUGCUUGUCGUGUUCUUAGUCGCCUUCCGAGACCUCAGUCAGAGUGGAAGCUACACAUGGGGAGCUACUGCCCUAGUGCACAUGUAUGAUAAUUUGAAUGAUGCUUGCAAGAGCGGCGACAGACAACUUGCUGGAUAUAUCACAUUUUUACAGUUCGGGAGUUUGACCUUAUUUCAUGCUUUUCGAGACAUAUUCGACGGGGUCCCAUUGUCGUCAUACACCGACUAG